AUGUAUCUCUUGUUUUAUGUUGAUGAUAUGUGUCUCACUGGAAAUAACGACGCUAUCAUCAAACAUCUUCUCGAUAGUCUCGCCAAAGAGUUCAUGAUGAAAGAUUUGGGUCCUCUACAUUAUUUCCUUGGAGUGCAGGCUCACUUCCACAGAGAUGGGUUGUUCUUGAGUCAAGAGAAGUAUGGUACAGACCUUCUCAUUAAUGCCGGAAUGAAGGAUUGUGCCCCGAUGCCUACUCCUCUUCCUCUGCAACUCGACAAGUUAGAAGACAUUCAGUUCUCCGUCAACUAUGUCUGUCAGAAGAUGCAUGAGCCUACAAUUUCAGACUUUCAACUCCUGAAGCGGAUACUUAGAUACAUCAAGGGAACUGUUCGAAUGGGGAUCAAUCUGUCCAGCAACUCUGCUUCCAACCUCACCGCCUUUAGUGACAGUGAUUACGCAGGCUGCAAAGACACAAUAUGUUCAACAUGCGGAUUCUGUACGUUUCUUGGAACCAAUAUCAUCUCCUGGUCUGCUAAGCGCCAUCCCACAGUCUCCAAGUCUUCUACUGAAGCCGAAUAUCGAACAAUGUCAGAGGUGGCUUCAGAAAUAAAGUGGAUAUCGUCUCUUCUCCGUGAUCUAGGUGUUGCUCAGCCACACACUCCAGAAAUCUUCUGUGGUAAUCUAUCUGCAAUCUACUUGUCUACCAAUUCAUCACUUCAUAGCAGGUCCAAACAUUUCGAUACUGAUUUUCACUAUGUGAGGGAACGUGUCGCACUUGGCACUUUGGUGGUUACAUUCCUGCACACUCCCAGCUCGCAGAUGUGUUUACCAAGUCACUGCCUCAACAACCUUUUUUUGCUCUUCGUUCCAAACUUGGUGUUUGCUUACCACCCAACACAAGUUUGCGGGGGUGUAUGA